CCUCCUUGCGCGCCCCCGCCUCUUACCGCUGCUCUUUGAAAAAGAAGGAAAUAAGCGUUAGAAAUCGAGCUGGCGAGAUUACAGGAGCAUCUUAGACUAGGUUCCUAGUGAACGGGCUACCAAGUCCAUCUGAACACCAUGAAGGACCGCACGCACGAGCUGAGAACUGGCAAGGACAGUGAUGAAGAUGAAGAGGUGGCAGUCAGCAUGGACAAAGACCGCUUCAUGGAUGAGUUCUUUGAGCAGGUGGAGGAGAUGCGGGGGUACAUCGAUGCCCUCGCUGAGAAGGUGGAGGAGGUGAAGCGGAAUCACAGCGCCAUCCUGGCCGCGCCCAACCCAGACGAAAAGACGAAGGCGGAACUGGAGGAGCUGAUGACCGAUAUUAAGAAGCUGGCUAAUAAAGUGCGCUCCAAAUUAAAGAGCAUACAGCACAGCAUUGAGCAAGAGGAGGGCCAGAACAGGUCAUCAGCCGACCUGAGAAUACGCAAGACACAGCAUUCCACUUUGUCUCGUAAAUUUGUGGAAGUGAUGUCAGAAUACAACGCCACCCAAUCAGACUACAGGGAGCGGUGUAAGGGGAGGAUCCAGCGCCAGCUUGAGAUCACUGGCAGGAACACCACCAAUGAGGAGUUGGAGAGCAUGCUGGAAAGUGACAACCCUGCUAUCUUUACCUCUGGGAUCAUCAUGGACUCCAACAUCAGUGAGCAGGCCAUGAACGAGAUCGAGACGCGGCACACCGAGAUCAUCAAGCUGGAGAACAGCAUCCGCGAGCUGCACGACAUGUUCAUGGACAUGGCCAUGCUGGUGGAGAGCCAGGGGGACCUGGUGAACAACAUCGAGAAGAACGUGCGCAGCGCUGAGGAGUAUGUGGAGAAGGCCAAAGAGGAGACUAAGGCUGCCAUUAGCGUACGGAGGGUUAGCCGCCGGGAUUCUGGAACAUCGGGCGCUGCCAGGAUUCUGGAACGUCGGGCGCUGCUAGAAUUCCGGAAUGUCGGGCGCUGUCAGGAUUCUGGAACGUCGGGCGCUGCUAGAAUUCCGGAACAUCAGGCACUGCCAGGAUUCUGGAACGUCGGGCGCUGCCAGGAUUCUGGAACGCCGGGCGCUGCUAGGAUUCUGGAACGUCGGGCGCUGCCAGGAUUCCGGAACAUCAGCCACUGUCAGGAUUCUGGAGCAUUGGGCAGCAGAUGUGAUUCUGGACGUCAGAUGAAGAGAGGAUUCUGCUGCAACCGGAAGUCAACUGGCCACUUUCUUAUGCCGCUUUAUUAAAUAACUUUUAACCUUUAAAAAUUAUUUUUAUUUUUAUUUUUUAAAAGCUAUCUUGCAUUACAGGAUUAUUUUUACCCCCUCAGACUUGUGUGUGGCCUCCGGGUCGCAUUGGCUGCCCGUCCAUCUGUAACCAGGCCCUGUUCUCAGAGACCCGGAAGGUUCCAUUACCCAUCUCCCUCAUGCUGGAAAAGGCACAAGAUUCGCAGAUGACCUCAUCUGUCUUCUGGGCCACAUGAAUUAUUGAAGAGAGCAACCCCCAUGCCAUGCCCCCACCCCCUCACUCACCCACUCACCCACCAUCACCCAGACAUCACCCAGCCAGCGUAGACUAGGCAAUGCUGCCACCUUCUGGUUGGCAUAUGAAUUACUGCGCAGAACAAUGAGCUCAGGCAAUGACGGGUUUUACCCACCUACAGCAAUUAAUGAGAAAUCGCUGAUUGUCAAAAAUAGAAUGUUAAUAUACAGGAACAGUUCUUGCCAGGAAUGACACGUUCUUCAGAUAAUGGAAUAGUUUCCAGAUUCACAGCAUCUUUUCAGCAGUGCACCGUUUGCUAGACAGAAUUACAUAAUACAAAGAUAGAUUAAGGAUGGAUCUGUGAAAAGGUGAUCAGAAUGAAUUCCACCACCUGAAAAGCACAAUGGCUUCUCCUAAAUGCACUGUGUUGAGUCGUCUGUCUGGGUAAGAUUUCUCUGAGCCAAAUGGAGCGCUCUAACAGGCCAAAGCCCAGUACCUGCUCCAGACAUACCUGACCCCUUAGAGUUUUAGGGUGAGUUCGGUUUAAUUUGGUCAUCUUGGGAAAUUAAUUUCAAUUCUAGUUUUAACUAAUGUUAGAUAGAAUAGAUAGAACUGUGUGGCCAUGUCUCAGCGGCAGUGCUUUCUCAGAUUCAGCUCUGCAGUGGGGCUGCCGGUCACUGUCUCUGUCUGCUGGAUUUCCACCCCGCAGAAGAUGAUCUGCGUUGGGAUCUGCCUGGCUGUGGCGUUAGCCAUUCUCAUCAUUGCCCUCGCUGCCGGACUCAGCUAGCCGGCCACGGGCCAGCCUGCAAGACCACAGAAAUGUGGAAAAGGCAAAUCGAUCCGACGGGUGGAUCCUGCCUGGGUCCCUUUGCCCCUCCCCCCUGCCCUUGAUUGGUCUUCGGAGGCAAUGACAUCAUGACAUGUGUCCACCCAUCCUGCUCUCGCUCAGUCAACGCAACGCUGCUGCUAAAGAGGUUUAACCCAAAACCCCACGGAAUGUGGGAGGAGCUUUGGAACUGGACGGAAUGUGGGAGGAGCUUUGGUGAUGAGGUCACCACACAGAAGGGCUGAAGAGACUCUCUCAGUCUCAAUGUACUGCACGUGUGUCUUUGGGAAGAGACUCGAGAUGUCUGUACCAUGCUUAUAGACAUGGCUGCUGUUCUCAAGGCCUCCAGAUGGUGAUUGCACAUUGAAAUGCCGCAUGUUGAGAUAUCUAUCCCACAUUGUAAUCUGUGGUCUACAGUGAUUAUGGAUAUAGGAGGUCAGUGUUAAUGGCAUGCAGAAGAAAUCCUUACCCAGUGUGCACUACUGCAGGAAGAUGUCCUGACUAAGUGCAAAGGAUUGCAGGAGGAAUUCUGCCCAAGUGUACAUUUUUGCAGGAGGAAUUCUGUGAGGAUUUUGGAAGAAUUGUGCUCGUUUUCAGUCCGCGUUUGUGCAGAGAAGCAUGUGAUUUUCCUCUGCGUGUGCGUGUGUGUGUGUGUGUGUGUGUGUGUGUGUGUGUGUGCAUGCUUUUGUGUCCUCUACUGUGGAGCAGUUGUUGGCCUUGCUGCUGUUUGCUGAGAUUGCAAGUUAACAAAUUGCACAUGACUGUCCCAUUGUGCAUGCUUAAGUACACACACCAAAAUGUGUAAAGAACCACACCUAAUACACAUUCGCAUCCUUUCAAAUAAUCAGUCCAUCAAAUACCAGCUGAUAAAACAAUGGGUCUUAGGCUGGUUUUUUUUCUCACACUCAGAAUAUGAAUUUCAGUAUGAGUAUAAAAGUCCAUUAAUAUUUGUUAAUAAUGUGUUAAAAUGUGCCUUUUCUCUCUGCUUCUCAUGCUGCCUGGAUAUUUUUGUUAAUUUUUAUUUUUCUGUUUAUUUAAUUGGAUCUUUUAUAUUUCUGUUAUACAGAAGAAAAUUAUGAUUAUUCUAUGCUGUGUGGUGUUGGGAAUUGUUAUUGCAUCUAGUGUUGGUGGAACUUUUGCUUGAGCGCACACACAAACAUACUGUACAAACAUGUACACAUGAACAUACAUGUACAUUCAC